AUUUUAUUUUGAAACUGUGGACGGCAGAUCAUCAUUUUGACAGGCAACUAAGGUAGCUUGUGUUUUGAACAAAACCCUCGAUAGACUAACAUUUUGUAGAGGAGACGCGGAUUAAUGGUUUUGAUCUUAUUAGUCGAAGUUUGCUUCAAAAGUUAGACGGAGUUUAUUACAAUGCUUCUCUUUUUUUAGUUUUAUCUUUCUUAGUGCGCCGUGUUUUUUUGUUUCUUUGUUUUGUCUGUGAAUUCCGCCCUUGAAAAUGUGUUAUUUUAUUUUGUAAAGGCACCUGUGAGGAUGUAAACGUACAUGUUUGUGUUUCGCUGGCGCGCCCUUUUACAGCCGUUAGUGUUUAUUCCUGUGCAGUGAAUAUUGCGUUACCCAUCUGUCUUGUUUAGUUACUUUUGGCUGAGUAACUCCAAUCUCCAACCCACGUUCAUGCCCUCAAACUCAACACAGAGAGUUGUUCCUAUCUAAGAGCUCAACAUGGACGUGCUCCUUGAUGGAAUAUUAAACACCACCUUUGACUACUCAGACUUCUCUGACUACAAUUAUGAGGACAAUGAGGUGGCAAGAUCUGUGCCAACAGUGCUGAUCCCAGUUGUUUGCUCCGUGGUGCUCAUCCUGGGUCUAUUUGGGAAUACAUUGCUCUUGGCAGCCCUGGCAGUGAGGAUGCGGUCAUGGAGAGUAUCAGACAUCUUUAUUCUCCACCUGGCUGUUGCAGACCUUCUGCUUCUUCUGACUUUGCCCAUCCGGGCUGCAGAGGCCGCUUGGUCUUCCGAGUCCUCUGGAGUUUUCUGCAAGAUCUGUGGGGCAGUUUUCCAUAUCAACUUUUACUGUGGGGUCUUUGGGCUGCUCUGCAUCAGCUUGGAUCAUUACUUGUGCAUCAACCACUUGGACAAAUGGCGCCCUUUGCGGAAACCCAGUCUAGCCGGUUUCUGCUGCCUGUUGGUGUGGAUCUGUUCAGUCCUCCUCUCCAUUCCUGACUGGAUGUUCCUGACUACUAACAAGAAUCAAGAACAGAAACUCCUGUGUGACUACAGCUACAGUCUGACCACAACAGAUUCUUUGCUGAUGUCUCGAUUGUACCACCACACAGUGGGCUUUUCACUGCCUGUCGUUUCCCUGAUGUUGCUAUGCUCGUAUUUCCUUCCAUCUCUCCUUUGCAAAGACACAGGCCACCAGCGGAGUAGGAGGAGAUCCGUCAUAGUUAUCCUCUCUCUGGUGCUGGGAUUCCUUCUUUUUUGGCUGCCGUACAACAUCACUCUUAUUUGCGACACGGCUUUGAGGAGAAUCUCCCAAACAUCGCCUAAAAAACCAUACGGAGAUACAAAGGAUUCGUUGUUAUCGGCUCUUGUGAUCACCUCGAUUUUCGGUUACAUUCACGCCUGCCUCAGGCCUCUGAUUUACCUGCUGUGCUGCAAAAAUUUCAAGAAACAAGUUAAGAAACUGCUCAUGUUUUCUAACGGUAAAAUCAAGGAGUCGCUGUGGGAUCUGAGUAUGGAAGAGCCAUGUCUUCAGACACCACAGGAGAUGAAGCCAAUGACAGGUGCUCAAAGUCCGGCUCAGACACAUUAGGGGAGUGCCGUGUCAACUUCUUUCUAUUUUCAUUGUCUUGUGAUGGUUAGAAGCAGAUAAGUUACCAGAAGAAUGAGGAGGAGGAGGAUGGGCCUUCUGCCUCUGAGUUCAAGUGUCAAGUCUGGUUUCAUGUAGCAGUUUGACUUUUAUCAUCACUGUUGCCCAUUUUAUCAGAAAAAUAAGUGUGAUUGACUGCUCUCAUGCUUCAUACUUUUUUCUUUAAAGCUAGCGCUAUAAUCUUUGCAACUGAGCACAGACUUUUAUAGCUGCCGGUGUUGAUUCAUCCUUGACAGACUUUAUCACUGCCUUCCAGAUAACCAGUUUUUAUUCUUCCUUUUAUGAAUAGUCCGUUACUUUGUUUAAAACAUUACGGAUUGCGCAAAUUGCACAUUUUAGACUGCUUUUCAGUGUUGUUAAGGUAGAUUCUCCAUGGUGAGUCUGCUUUGUUGACUGCUUGGUUUUUGUUGCAUCGUAUGUGGAUGACACGCAGGUAUUAGUCAAGGGUGUAAUGAUAGCUCCGACAGACAAUGUGGUCAAGGAGAAAGAAGACAAACGAGUCUGACGUUUAAAACAAGAAUGGAAACAAACUUUCAGAGUAGAUGUCACGUCUUCAUGCAGCUUUUCUAGAAUCCUUAAUCCGCUUGUAGAGGAGACCUCACGUAUGCUUGAUGUGCAUGAAAAAGGUGGUUUAUUAUUUUUAAAAACCGCCAAAUAAAACGGUUGCUUGCAUACAGACGAUCUAGAAGAGGAUACUGUAGUUGAAAGUUUUAUCUUUACAUGGAGCAAUUUUUCAACAGAAUUGUAAAGAAAAUCUUGUAAUUACACAAAUAAACUUUAGUAACAUUUUCAUGACUUAGAAGUUUCUCCGGAAACUCCAGCUAAACAAACAAGAAAGAGAAGUAGCUCUGUGCUCUCACCACUUCUCGUAAAAAUGUUUCAGUGUUAGAUCACUAAAGUGUCAGUCUGACAACAGUCACAGAUACUCGUAGAAUGUCAAAUUUCUUCCCGUUGAGUCUUUGUUUGUUGAAAGACAAAAAGUUACUAAAAGAAGAAGAGUCAAGCUAACGAAAUCUAUCUAGAAAUUGUAUUAUAGUUUAUCAUCUUCAUUUGAGAUGAAACUGACAUUGUUUUAAUUGUAUGUCUGCAUUUUGAAGUGCCAAAGGGAUCAGACUAAUAACCUGAAGCUGACAGCUCAAACACGAUCCGCCUGACCUCACUUGUUCCUCUUUUUAACCAAGAACAAGUUGCUUAAUUAUUUAAUUGUCUGUGUCAUUCAUUAGAUGUUUUAAAACUAGUCUUUCUCUUGGGAAAAUGUAAAACAUCAACUUCCAAUAAAACGUAUAAAUAAAUAACUGAUAUUAUUUAAAGUGUUGUAAAUCACGUUUCUUGAUGUGAAUUCUUAUCUCAUGUCACCAUCAUGCACAGUUUGAAUCUAUAGGGUGGGCCAUAAGUUUCCAUACAUGGGAGAGUGUAUACAUUUUUUUUAUAAAUAUAUUUCUAACACCCUAGAGCAACAAAUUGAAAUUAAACUGAUGGUUGGAUCGGUAAGCAGAAAUUUGAACAGAAAACAUGGAAUGAGCAUUACACACGACGUUGUGGAAAACCUAAUUUACAAAUAUCAGAAAACUGGAACUUUUGCAAAUCAACCACAAAAUCUUCCUAGACAUUGGUCUACCGAUAAAAACAUAUAAACAAAAAUCAGUUCAACAUAGAAUGGUUAUUUUUCUUACGCAUGGAAACGGCCCGCCCUGUAUAUGACUUACUGCAUAUGAGUUUGACUGUUGUUUCCGCACCUCUGUGCUAAUUAUACAGUCCAGAGAGAUGUUUAAGCAUAAACAGGAAAUGUUGCUAUGUAAAAAAAAAGUGUGAAAAUAAAUAAAAAUGGACAUUAAACAUCUAAACCUGAA